AAAGAUCACUAAGAGAUGAAUCAGUCGGAGUUAGCUAUUUGUUUAUCCAAGAUGAAGUUCCUUUUAUACGCCUUUGUCUAUUGUUUAACAUCUUGUGUUGGGGCAUCGAGGAUUAAUCUACCUCCAUACCUCAAGCCUUGUUCAAUCAGUUCCCCCGAUUUUGAAGCAUGUUGCCUUCAGCAUGGAAGAGAUGCAUUGCCAAUGAUUUUGAAAGGCGACAAAAAGUUGGGGAUCCCAAACCUUCUUCCUCUAGUGGUGCCGCAUAUUCUUGUAGAUGCUGGAAAAAAUUUGAAGAUAGCUUUUGAUAAUAUCCACGUAUUUGGACUAGAUGGAAUCGAUUUGAAGCAAGUGAAAUUUUUUGGAGGACACUACCAAUAUGACUUCGAAUUUUCCACUGAACGAAUCAACGGCAUAGAUCAUUUAGUAGUUUUGGACAACGAUGUUUUGAAAUUCGAAUUGGAAGGUGCAAAAAUCAGACUUGAUAACCUCUUCGAUGGAGAUAAAGUAUUAGGAGAGCAAAUGAACACUUUCCUUAAUGACAACUGGAAAGACGUUAUUGAUGAGCUUGGAGGAGCUGUCAGUCAAACUGUUCGCUCUUUGGGUCGUAACAUCGCAUCUAGAAUUUUCAAGAAGGUCCCUUACAAGGAAUUGAUUUUGGAUUGAAUACGGUUUUGUAUGUGAUUUGCUACAGAAUUUUCAAUAAAUGUCGUAAAUAA